CCAUUCACCGGCUCUUUCUGGGUAGUCGCUCGAGCUUCUCUUCCUCUCCUCUUCCCUUCCUUCCUCCCUCCGAAUGGGCUGCUGGCGGCGGGGGAGGGACCCCGGGGGCAGCUCACAGCGCGCUGGUGCACGGGAGGCGGAGGGAGAAAGAAGGAAGGGAGGCUGUGAGUGGAGGCGGUGCUCAGAAGGGAGCGAGGGAGGGAGGGAGGAAGGCGGAGGGAUAUUCGGGCCGGACCUCUCUGCGGCGGCGCCGCGCUCCACAGCGAUUGGCCGCCGUCUUGGCCACGCGGAAUCCCCAAUUGGCCAGGUGCUCAGCGUUGAAGGGCCGCCUCGCGCCCAUUCGCCUGCUGGUUUCAAGGCCCGGGUUGGCUGGGCGGGCAGCGGAAUGGAGCGUACGGAUAGGCCGAGGGGAGGGAGAUUGAGGUGGGGCAGGAGAGAGCCGGCCGCUGAUUGGGUGGGCCUGGUAAAGGCCUUGAGCUCAGACCGGCUGAGCGCUGGAAGGAGGGUGGACCGAAGAUAAUGUGCUGGAGCUGGCUAGUACCAGCUCGGGAGCCAAAUAUGUACAUCUCUUCCCAAAUCUACAUUAGAAACAUCAUAUUAGAAGCUCAAAGUUGGUCAUGGUGGGAGUAUUUACACCACAGAAAGCAGUGGCUGCUUCCUUUCUAACCAUCCUGCCUGCGCACCAGCCUGCAUGAGUCCUCUUUGUUCCAGCUAUCCUGGGUUUCUUUUGGUUAACUAGAAAUUGAAUGAAUGAAAUUUAGUUAAUUGAAGCAUUAAAUUAAUAAAUGUUUGAAUUAAAAUGUUAGCCUGGACAUGGUGACUCAUG